CUAACAACUACCGAAGCACUCAGAGCUUCUGACAGGAUGUGAGAUUCGAAGAGUUUCUCUUUGGUCUUGCUCAGUGUCAGCAGAGGAGAAUGAAGUUCAGAAUAAAGUGACACUCUGGAUUUGGACCCGGGCUGUCUCAGAGGCUGCUUUACUGAAUAAUUGAUCCCUUGGAUUGUGAUUAGUUGAAAAUGAGGAAGACAGCGCUGAUGGUUUGGAUCAGCCUUUUAGUACAAGUGUCCCACGGAGCUCAGGGUCAUUAUGCCCGCAAACUUCUGGCUGACCUGAUGGAGGACUACUCCAACGCUCUGAGGCCAGUGGAAGACACAGACGCAGCCCUCAAUGUCUCCCUGCAGAUCACUCUCUCACAGAUCAAAGAUAUGGAUGAGAGGAACCAGGUGCUAACCACGUACUUGUGGAUCAGGCUGGUGUGGAAUGACGCCUACCUGAAGUGGGACAAGGAGGACUAUGAUGACCUUGAGAUGAUAAACAUACCCAGCGAUCUGGUUUGGAAGCCGGACAUCGUUCUCUACAACAAGGCAGAUGAGGAGUCAAGUGCAUCAAGCACUAAUGUAAAGCUGCGAUAUAACGGAGAGAUCAUCUGGGACUCUCCUGCGAUCACAAAGAGCACAUGUGUGGUGGACGUCUCCUACUUCCCCUUUGACUGGCAGCAGUGCAAACUCACCUUCGGCUCCUGGACCUACAAUGGCAACCAGGUGGACAUCAGUUUGACGAUGGAGAGCGGUGACCUUUCGGACUUUGUGGAGAACGUGGAGUGGGAGUGUCACGGCAUGCCAGCAGUGAGAAACGUCAUGAUGUAUGGCUGCUGCUCCGACCCCUACACAGAAAUCACCUACACUCUGCUACUGAAGCGUCGUUCUUCUUUCUAUAUCUUCAAUCUGCUCCUGCCCUGCUUCCUCAUCUCCUUCCUGGCCCCGCUGGGUUUCUACCUGCCAGCUGACUCGGGGGAGAAGGUUUCCCUCGGUGUGACGGUGCUGCUUGCGCUCACUGUGUUCCAGUUGUUGGUGGCUGAAAGCAUGCCACCUGCAGAGAGCAUGCCCUAUAUAGGAAAGUACUACAUUGCCACCAUGACUAUGAUCACAGCCUCCACCUCUCUCACCAUCUUCAUCAUGAACAUUCAUUUCUGUGGUGCUGAGGCCAAGCCUGUUCCUCACUGGGCGAAGGUGCUCAUCAUAGACUACAUGUCCAAAAUCUUCUUUGUGUAUGAGGUGGGGGAGAACUGUACGACUCCAGAGAGUGAGAGGACCCCGCUGUACCCUGAGGAACCCGCCAGCGAUGACCAUCUUCAUGACUACCAUCAUGUCAGCGACCGGUACAAGUACAGCAACGGCCAUGCUGUGAAUCAUCAAAACAAGCAUCACAAAGGCCAGGCGAACGGCAACGCCAACAAUAGCCGUCACCAUUAUAACAACCACAACCACGAUUCCAGUCUGGAGAGGGGCGAGGGGAAGCGACCGACCCCACAGCGCUACCACCACAUCAGGAGGGAUGAGCUGGACUACCAGGCUUCCCCUCGUCCACAAAACCUCCAACACUUGAACGGAGGGCUGAAAGAGCAGCUCCUCUAUCCCACAGAUAAAGUCCCGGCCUGCCCUUGCUGCUGCCCCUGCCUACAACAUAAACAGUUGGUGAAGAACAUCCAGUACAUCGCCAACUGCUUCCGCGAGCAGAGAGCUACUUGUGUCAAGGCUGCAGAGUGGAAGAAGGUCGCCAAGGUGAUGGAUAGGUUUUUCAUGUGGAUCUUCUUUGUCAUGGUCUUCCUCAUGAGCAUCCUCAUCAUCGCCAAGGCAUCCUGACAGCCUCCUUCCUCAUCAUCCUUUUUCCGCCUUUAUGACUUUUAUCCCACAUCACUGUCGUACUGCAGUGUUCUUUGAGAGUCACCUAAUUUUUGCUUGAAUUCAACAAAUCAGAACUGUUUUAUAUGUGUGUGUAUGUUUGGCUUUGACUUAAAGAGGACAGGGUCAUUGCAAACAAAUCAUCCGUUUAACCACACGAGCACACAAACACAGAAAUUCCUCAAAGCCUCUCGGAUAGUUAACCUCAGGUGUGCGUGCAUGUGUGACAGAGCAGUGGAGCGGUAAGACGAUCCAGGCCUCGCUUUGAACAUGCAUGGAUUCUUUAUUAUGGAUGAGCUAAAAGCCACACCCUAUAGGCAUUACAUUACUUACACUACGUUUUAGGCAACCACAUGAUGCCGUUUUCCAUAGUCAGUUACAAUGAGAGCACCAGCAGAUUAAAGUAAUACUUUACACACAAAAUCAGCAUUUGUACUGUAUGUCAAUUACUCAAAAUGUAUUACGGUGAUUUCAUGAAGAAAACAUAUUUUGCACAUGCCAUCGCAGUGAAAGAGUCAUCAGAAACAUAAAGAAGUCUUGAUGUAUUGUAGUUAAGGGGAACUGCGUUCAACUACAACAAAACCAUAUCACACAACUCAAAGUCUCAUUUAUCCAGUCGUACACUUCCAAAUCACAUUAUUAGCUUACACUUCCUUGUAAUCAUCCAUCCAUCCAUCUUCUCCCGCAUUUCAGUCAUGGUCGCGGAAGUAACAGCUCCAGCAGAGAGCCCCAAACUUUCCUUUCCCUGGCCACAUCAACCAGCUCUGACUGGGGGAUUCCAAGACGCUCCCAGGCCAGCGAAGAGAUAUAAUCCCUCCACCUGGUCCUAGGUCUACCCCUCGGUCUCUUCCCAGCUGGACGGGCCUGGAACACCUCCCUAGGGAGGCGCCCAGGUGGCAUCCUCACUAGGUGCCCGAACCACCUGAACUGGCUCCUUUCAACGCGAAGCAGCAGCAGUUCUACUCUGAGUCCCUCCCGGAUGACUGAACUUCUCACCUUAUCCCUAAGGGAGAUGCCAGCCACCCUGCAGAGAAAUCCCAUUUCGGCCGCUUGUAUCCGCGAUCUCGUUCUUUCGGUCAUGACCCAUCCUUCAUGACCAUAGGUGAGGGUAGGAACGAAGAUGGCCCGGUAGACAGAGAGCUUUGCCUUCUGGCUCAGCUCUCUUUUCGUCACAAUGGUGUGGUAAAGCGACUGCAGUACCGCUCCCGCUGCUCCGAUUCUCCGGCCCAUCUCACGCUCCAUUGUUCCCUCACUCGAGAACAAGACCGCGAGAUACUUGAACCCCUUCACUUGGGGUAAGGCUUCAUUCCCUACCUGGAGUGGACAGUCCAUCGGUUUCCUGCUGAGAACCAUGGCCUCAGAUUUGGAAGUGCUGAUCCUCAUCCCAGCCACUUCACACUCGGCCGUGAACCGAUCCAGUGAGUGCUGAAGGUCACAGACCGAUGAAGCCAUUAGGACCACAUCAUCUGCAAAAAGCAGAGGUGCAAUCCUUAGCCCACUGAACUGCAGACCCCCUCCCCCACGACUACGCCUCGAAAUCCUGUCCAUGAAUAUCACAAACAAGAUUGGUGACAGAGCGCAGCCCUGGCGGAGGUCAACCCUCACUGGAAAUCGGUCCGACGUGCUACCGAGGACCCGGACACAGCUCUCGCUUUGAGAGCACCUCCCACAGUAUCUCCCUGGGAACCCGGUCAUACGCCUUCUCCAAAUCCACAAAGCACAUGUAGAUGGGCGUACUCCCAGGCCCCCUCCAUCCUUGCGAGAGUGAAAAACUGGUCCGUCGUCCCACGACCAGGACGAAAACCGCAUUGUUCCUCUUCAAUCUGAGGUUCGACAAUCGGCCGGACCCUCCUUUCCAGCACCUUAGAGUAAACUUUCCCGGGGAGGCUGAGUAAUGUGAUGCCUCUGUAAUUGGCACACACCCUCUGAUCCCCCUUUUGAAAAAGAGGAACCACCACCCCGGUCUGCCACUCCUUCGGUACUGUUUCCGACUUCCACCCAAUGUUGAUGAGACGUGUCAACCAUGACAGUCCCUCAACACCCAGAGCCUUCAGCAUUUCUGGGCGGAUCUCAUCCACCCCCGGGGCUUUGCCACUGUGGAGCUGUUUGACUACCUCAGUGACUUCCCCCCGUUGACUUCCCCCCGUGAGAUUGGAAUUGAUCCCCCUUCAUACUCCAGCUCCGCCUCUAACAUAGAGGGCCGAGUUGUCGGAUUCAGGAGUUCCUCAAAGUGUUCCUUCCACUGCCCUAACACACUAUCAGUUGAGGUCAACAGCGUCCCAUCCUUACUGUACACAGCUUGGAUGGUUCCCUGCUUCCCCCUCCUGAGGUGUCGGACGGUUUUCCAGAACAACUUUGGUGCCGACCGAAAGUCCUUCUCCAUGGCUUCUCCGAACUUCUCCCACACCCGCUGCUUUGCCUUGGCCACGGCUGAGGCUGCUGCCUUUUGGGCCCGUCGAUACCUUGCAACUACGUCAGGAGUGCCCAGGGAUAACAUAUCCCGGGAAGGCCUCCUUCUUCAGUCGGACGGCUAAUCUGCCUACCGGUGUCCACCAGGAGGUUCGAGGGUUACCGCCCCUUGAGGCACCUAAGACCUUGAGACCAUAGUUCCCCUGCCGCAGCUUCGGCAAUGGAGGCUUUGAACACCGCCCACUCUGGUUCAAUGUCCCCAGCCUCCACAGGGAUGCCUGAAAAGCUCCGCCGGAGGUAUGAGUUGAAGGCCUCCUGGACAAGGGACUCCUCCAGACGUUCCCAGUUAACCCACACUACAUGUUUGGGCUUACCAGGUCUGUCCAGAGGCUUCCCCUGCCACUCGCCCCAACUCACCACCAGAUGGUGAUCAGUUGACAACUCCGCCCCUCUCUUCACCCGAGUGUCCAAAACAUGCAGCCUCAGGUCCGGUGAUACGAUAACAAAAUCGAUCAUGGACCUUCUGCCUAGGGUGCUCUGGUACCACGUACACUUAUGAGCAUCCUUAUGUUCAAACAUGGUGUUUGUUAUGGCCAAUCCAUGACUAUCACAGAAGUCCAGUAACAAACCACCACUCCGGUUCAGAUCAGGGGGGCCGUUCCUCCCAAUCACGCCCCUCCAAGUGUCUCCAUCAUUGCCCACGUGUGCGUUGAAGUCUUCCAGCAAGACUAAGGAGUCCCCUUCAGGAGCCCCAUACAGGACUUCUUUCAGGGUCUCCAAGAAGGCCGAAUACUCUGAACUGCUGUUUGGUGCAUAAGCACACACAACAGUCAGAGUUUUCCCCCCUAUGAUCCGCUCGGCGCCUCACACCUUGGGCAACUCUGGAAAAGAAUAGAGUCCAACCCCUAUCAAGAAGGAAGGUUCCAGAGUCUACGCUGUACGUAGAAGAAGAGCCCCACCAGAUGCAACUGGUAACGCUCCACCUCCCGCACAAGCUCCGGCUCCUUCCCCCCCAGAGAGGUGACAUUCCACGUCCCCAAGGCCAGCUUCUGUCGCCUGAGUCUGGUCCGUCGAGACCCUCUGCUUUCACUGCCACCCUUCUGGCAGCGCACCCGACCUCAUCGCUGUUUCCUGUAGGUGGUGGGCCCGUGGGAAGGGGAAGCGGAGGUGUUGCCCACGUUACUUUUUUGGGCUGUGCCCGGCCGGGCUCCAUGGCAAGCCCGGCCACCAGAUGCUCACUGACGAGUCCUCCUUCUGGGCCUGGCUCCAGAAGGGGACCCCGGGCUUCCUCCGGGCUUCCUCCGGGCCGGGUUUCCUCGCUUUCAUGUGUGUUUGUCAUGAGGUCUUUUGAACCAAUCUUAGUCUGGCCCCUUACCUGAGACCAAUUUGCCAUGGGAGACCCUACCAGGAACACAAGGUUCCAGACAACACAGCCCCCAGGUUCAUCGGGGCACACAAACCUCUCCACCACGAUAAGGUGCUAGUUCUCGGAAAGGCCUUGUAAUCAGUCUCACAAUAACACAAAUGCAUAUGUUUUUUGAUUUAAAUAUUCUCUAAAGACUUAAAAAAAAGGCAAAUUCAUGUCUGUUCUUGAUUGUCAUGGAAUUAUUUGCAGGUUUAUAACAUUGGUCUUUCAUGUUUUUUUUGUUGUUGUAGUCUAGACGUUAAGAAAUUGGUUUACAUAAGUUCUGAAUAUUUAAAGUUGAUAAUUGGAGAGAAUGUUUACCUCUCUUACAAAGAGCCCUUACUCCUUUUAAUGUGAUAUUCAGCUAUUAAAACCUACCUCCAGAGUGUGAACGGUGGAUAAUCUGUACCUUUGCUCAUUGGUCCAUUAAAACAUACAACUUUGAUAAUAAGUAUGGCUCCACUUCCUGUACCAGCAGUAUGCGUUACGGUUCAAACCACAUUUUUUAUUUAUACAUUUUCGAAACAUCAGUUUUCAGCAUUUCUUUCUUUUUCUGUACAAAAUGAUUAACCAAUAAUAAUAAAUAAUAUAAUCUAUAUCAAAAAUGCAGAUCAAAACAUGAGCUAGAAGGGGAGAAUAGGCAGAUAUAUACUUUUUCAGGGAGAGUGAAAGGUACAUAAUCAAUGCAGAUUGCGAGGAGCACACACACACACAUGCACACAUGCACGCACGCACGCACGCA